AUGGGACAGGCCCAUAUCCCCAAGGACGUUGUCCUGCAGCCGUGUGGAUCCCGUAUCUGCCGGAGACCACCAGCGGCCACCACCGAAGUAUUUCUGCUGCCGUUAAUUCCAAAACAGCAGACAUCCGAUUCGCCGCCGCAUACGAAUUGUCCCAUCGCGGCUGCUCCGCCAGUUGCGGCGGCGACAAAGCAAUGGUUUCGGCCCACGCUUGAAUUGGGGAUUAUUUUAAACUUGUUCGUGUUCACCAUGCUAAUGUGUGCAUUCGUCUCGGUGUUUUUGGUUUCCAUUCAAACCCCAAUUGCAUUUCGAAGAUUGGGAGCUUCAGUGAAUAGAUUGUCUAAGAUUGUUUCAGAAGAGGUGCCUGGGACUCUAUCUUCUCUCAAACUUUCUAGCAUGGAGCUGAAUGAUUUGACCCAAAAGCUUGGUAAUUUAAGGCAUAUAAUUUCUGGAGUUCGCAUAGGAAGGAAGGAAGAAAGCAGUACCAGUUCGAGAUCCUAUCUUAAGAACCCAGCAUCAUAACACCAGCAAUAUCGUGGACGUGCAUAAGGAUGUUGUUUCUGGGAUUAAGCUUGGUUGAAUAGGAGUCAUUGAGUUGGUGUAUGAUCUUUUCAUUGUCUUGGAUUCUAUUGAAAUCACAAGCUAUCUGUUGAAAAACGAACAUCUAGUGCUUUCAAAUUUAAAGCUGCCAUUGCAAAAUAGUAAGAAAAAUUGCUCAA